AUGAGGAGGCGGAAUGUAGAUAAUAGGAAGCUAUUAAAAGUAAUAGUAAAUUUAGAUUUUGGCAGAGUCUCCUUUAAACUGCAACUACCAGCUCCUAAAAUGUCAGUGCUGUCAAGAAUAUCCAAUAUUUAUUCCAAGUCUGGUUCAAGACAGUAUCCAGAUGAAUUGGAUAUGAUAGAAACAAACCUCUACCUCAGUGGUGAGGCAGAAGCCAGGAAUGUUGAAACUCUUAAAAAAUACAAAAUUACUCACAUACUCACUAUCAAUGAUUUCCCUUUAAGUGCUACCGUAAAAAGUGCCCUGGAAUAUCUUCAAAUAAAGUAUAUCAGGCUUCCAGACUUAAGUUCUUCAGACUUACUAUCUUAUUUCGACGAGACCUAUGAAUUUAUUAGAGAGGGUGUUGCCAAAGGAGCUGUUCUUGUGCAUUGUCAAAUGGGUGUAUCCAGAAGUGCCUCAGUUGUUAUAGCCUAUAUUAUGAAGAAAUAUAAUUUAACAUACAGGGAAGCUUUGGACAAAGUAAAAAUGAAAAGAUGCGUAUUUCCUAACCCAGGAUUUGUAUCCCAAUUGCAAAGCUAUCGAGACAUGGGAUACACCACUAUUAGAAGAUAUGAUCCUAGACUUGCACGAUACAUGAUGAGAUGA